UCGUUUUCUCUCCCGUGUACAUACGCACGCGUGGAUAUUACACGCGUGUGUAUAUAUAUAUAUAUGUACGUAUUGAAACAAUAAAAGCCCCCGUGCGCGUCACACACUGUCCUCCUCCGAUUCUCGCCCGCCGUUCUCGACUUCCUGUUUCGCUCCUCUCUCGCGUCCUGAAAGAGAGACGACGAACGUCCCGGGAUCCUCUCUUUGUCAGUGCGUGCUUCACCCUCGUGCACGACACUUUGCUCCAAUCCCGCGACGUUCGAAUAAAAACAAAAACGCGCGAUUCGAUUGAUUGAAACUACAUUUCUAGCAUAGAGACGCGAUCUCUCUCUCUCUCUCUCACUCUUUGAAUCUCAAAGUUAUUCUAUUCGGUAUAAACGAUAAAUUUCACCUGUCUGAUCUGAAAUGAAUUACGCGACAUAGACUGACGUAAACGUUUUUAACACUCUCUUAAAAAAAAAAAAAAAAAAAAUGCCGCAAGUGGAUCGAGUUCGAUGCCAAUAGAAAAAGAAACAUGCGGCUGUCGCCUUGAGUCUCAAAAUCGUUUGUUUCAAUUAUCGCGGGAGUAAUGAACGUGUGCGCGAAUCGGUUCAGAUUUAUUUGCACGGUUCUCAAACUGCGGUGCGUGUCGCGCUUUUUGACGUGAGUGAUUUGAUCGUCGGAGAGGACACAUCGUCGAGAGUCGCGGAUGUGGAGGAGACAACGUCGUCGUCGUUGACGAUCAUCAUGAAUGCCGAGGAAGUUAAAGUGGGCUGCUUUCAAAUGGUUCUGGUGGUGUUGCUCGGAAUAAACUAUGUCAUCGUCGCCAUGAGUCACGCGUUGCCGAUUUUUCACAACCACACGCCGAAAUUCUAUUGUCAGGUGAAAAAUUCAACUGGCAGAAGCUACGGCUGUCAGAGCUACGCCGCGAAUACAUCGAUCGACGUCAACUUGACUUCCACGUCGCCGGAGAUCCUCGCGUCGUCCUGUUCCGGCGAUUAUCGCUUCGUGACGGAGUUCGAAGAGAGUAGCGUUGUCACCGAAUGGAGCUUGAUAUGCGAAAAACAAUACCUGUCUUUUCUCGGACCGACUGUUUAUUACGCCGGGGUGCUGCUGGGCGCGUGGAUCGCCGGUCUGUUGACCGAUCGUAUCGGUCGACUUCCGGUCCAGGCGAUAUGCCUUUACGCGCAGGGCACAAUGGCGGUGGCGCUCUACGUUGUGCAGGAUUAUCCCGCGUUUCUGGCGCUGCGCGGUCUCCAGGGAGUGUUCGUGCAAGGGCUGCAGAACUCCACGUAUAUUCUUUCAUUAGAAUUAUUCCCGGCGCGAUCCCGCACCCUCAUCGCGUUAAUCAUGCAGAUCUUCUGGUCGAUCGGUCUCGUGCUGCUCACGGCGCUCAGCUACGUAAUUCCCGACUGGCGAAUUCUGCAGUUGGCCGUUUCCGUUCCCACCGCGGUCACGGUGCUGUACAUUUGGAUUAUACCGGAAUCGCCGAGAUGGUUGCUGGCUAAGGGAAAAUCGACCGAGGCCGAUAUGGCGCUCGAACGAAUCGCCAAGUACAACAGCUGCUGCUGUUGCGCCCGGUCACGAGCGGAGAAGAACAGAGAAAAAAAACGCGCGAACAGUAACGCGACGCCGAUAAAACCGGAGAGAAAAUCGCGCGUCACCAGCGUCGAUCUGAAAAAAACGAGAACCGACGAAAAUCAGAGAGACGAAGCCACGAAUCUGCUAAACGGCUCGGAACCAACCGAACACAAACUUUCGAAGAGAGCUUCGAAAGCUAAUUCGACGAACUCGGAGAACAGAUUCUCCACUGUGGAAUUACGUCGGGAAACGUCGAACAUCGUCGAGGAUAGGAGAGAUUUGCCUUCGAGUUCGAAGAUAAAUCGAAAAUCAAAAGCGCUUUCGGGAUGCGAUAAUCAAAGAAUUUCCUUGAGAGAAGCGGAAGGUGAGGUGGUGUUGCGCAGAACGAAAAUGGAAAGCGGACGCGAAGGUAAAGAAGAAGCGAGAGACGAGAAGAAACAGGACGAGACGAGCUCGAUGUUGAGGACCACAUUCGAAUCGGCGAAGUUGAGGAAAUACGCUGCCGUAAUGGUUUGUCAAUGGCUGACAUCCGCGAUGGCCUGCGACAUACUUAACAAUCUGGCGCCCAACUUCCCGCUCGACAGGCACAUCACGUUCGCUUUGACGGGAGGUCUCGAAAUGGUGACGUACACAUUCGUGUACUUCGUACUGUCUAGAUACGGUAGAAGGCUGCCCGUGUGCAUAUACCAAUCUCUGAACGGCGUAGUUUGCAUGUUAAUUGCGGCCCGCCUCAUUUUAACCACCGCCGAUGCACCGUCCACCGAUCUCGUGUGGACGAUAAUGCUGCUGUUCGGCAGAGUGACUGUCACGAGCACCGUUUCCAUCGUCUAUCUGUACACCGUUGAGGUGUUUCCGACAGUGGUGCGUGGCAGUUGCUUGGGAUUAUGCGUGGUGUUCGCGAAAAUCGGCAACCUAAGCAUGCCGCAUUUGUUGCUCUCGGGGCAACACGUGCCGGUUCCGGUGCCAUUACUAGCGGUAGGUAUGUUCUGCCUCGUAUCCGGCGCUCUCGCUUUAAUUUUGCCGGAGACUCUGACCAAAGUUCUGCCGGAUCACACGGCGGACGUGGAGCGCAUGAUCGGCGAUAGCAAAACCGAUAGCGACGACGGUAACGCAAAAACCGAGACGAAAGAAGAGGACUCGACACAGAAGCAAAUUCUGCGGGAAAAGCUCUUCUCGGAAGACUGGGUGGAUGCCGGUAACGGAAUUUUGGUAAAUUUUACAGAGAACAAAACUAACGAUUAGUUUGCAAAAUUUUAAAAAAAGUCACGGCACUUUGUAUAAAAUCGAUCGAAGC